AUGCUAGGACUGAUGACGAUCUGCAUUACAUUCGGCUCUUCGGUCUUCAGCACAGCAACCAAACAGACAGCGGCCAAGUUCGGCGUCUCCUCAGAAGUGAUGGUGUUGGGUGUCAGUUUGUUCGUCCUGGGUUUCGCCUUUGGGCCUAUUAUCUUCGGACCCCUGUCGGAACUGUACGGCCGGAAGCGACCGCUAUUUGUGGGCAUGUUUCUCUUCGCAAUUUUUCAGAUCCCUGUUGCGGUAGCACAGAACUUGCAAACUAUCUUCAUAUGUCGCUUUCUGGGUGGACUCUUUGCUAGUGCACCUCUUGCUAUUGUAUCCGGCAUCCUGGCCGAUAUGUUCGAGCCCGUAGAGCGAGGAAUUGCAAUGGCCAUCUUUGCCGCGGCAACCUUCAUCGGCCCGGUAGCUGGACCAAUAGUCGGCGGCUUCGUAACUAUCUCCCACCUAGGCUGGCGUUGGACGGAGUACAUUACCGCCAUUUGGGCGUUUGCCAUCGCUGGUAUCGGGAUCUUGGUAAUCCCCGAGACGUUCGAGGGAACGUUACUCAAGCAACGUGCUGAGCGCCUGCGCACAAAAACUAAGAACUGGGCUCUGCAUGCUAAGGUCGAAGAGAAGGUGGUGAGUCCGAGAGAUAUCACGGUACAAUAUAUCCUCCGUCCAUUUCAGAUGCUCGUGCAGGAACCCAUUCUUCUACUUAUGACCCUGUAUGUUGGUUUCAUCUAUGCAUUUCUGUACAUGUGUUUCGUGGCUUACCCGAUUUCUUUCCAAGAAGAGCGUGGCUGGAAUGAUGGCGUUGGAGCAUUGCCAUUUAUCGCUGUCAUAUGUGGUGUAUUUUGCGCUUGUCUCAUUAUAAUUGCUUUUUCAUUGACGCGGUAUCGAAGGUUCAUAAUCCGGAACGGCCGUGUUCGGCCAGAGGAGCGGCUGAUUCCAAUGAUCAUUGGAGGUGCCCUGUUGCCCGCGGGUCAUAUCUGGAGCCUUCCUAGGCGCAGGGGUACUGUUGAUAUUCUUACAAGGCCUCAACUAUAUUAUCGAUGUGUAUCCCCUGUAUGCAAACUCUGCCAUAGCAGCAAACUCUUUCUUUCGUUCAUGGCUGGGGGCCGGAUUUCCUAUGUUUGCAUCGGCAAUGCACUACAAGAAUAG